UGAAGUACUGCAGAACAGUGAUCGACAGGGGGAGACAUCUGCUUGCAGAAAAGAGAAAACCCGCCAAAACAGAAUUCAGCGUAGAAGAAGAGAUAUUGAGCGUCCAAUCACAAACGGCAUCCCGAGCCUACCCGGAAGACCAACUCCUCAUGUCGCACUGGAAACUCUAGAAAGAUGUCCUGUCACACCAGCGUUACUCAUCUCCGCGUGUCUUCUGUGGGGCAGGCAGAACGAGUCCCGGUCCAUCUCCUUCCUUGUGAGAUUGAACACAAUGGAUCUGCCCAGGUCUCACAGUACUUUACAGCAACCAUGAAAGAUCACAAAGGAGAGAAGAGUGUGUCAUUCAGAGGACGUGGGCUGAAAGGUCAGGAGGUCUGCUGUCCAGCAGGAUACACAGGCCUGGUGCUUAAAGACAUCAACAAGCCUGACUCUGACCAGGAGGACAGGACAGUCAGAGUCUCCUCUGUGUUUGAUAAAUUGACCUACUGGAAUCUGGACAAUCCUCCGACCUCUGAUGACACUGUGGUGAUGGCUAUGGAUUGGCCUGAACUUGCUAAGGCGAUUCAUGAGCCAAUAGACGAAUGACGUGAUGGAAGUUCUAUUUUAAUGAGGUGGCAGACAAAUGUCAUAUUGACAUGUAAAACCCACCAUAUGCUAGUUUUUAGCCCAUAUGUUUUUGAACUCCCAACCUUCUGCUGUUGCUGAGCAAUCGGUUACAUAUUAACAAAAUGAUACCUAGAUGACGUUUGUGUAUGAGUUUGUAUAUAAAUAAAAAAACAAAAAGUUUUGCUAAA